AUGUAUGUAUGUAUGUAUGGAUGGAUGGAUGGAUGGAUGGAUGGAUCUAUCUAUCUAUCUAUCUAUCUAUCUAUCUAUCUAUCUCAGCAUGUUUAUCUAUCUAUCUAUCUAUCUAUGACUAAUGCAAAAAAUUUCGAUCAAUCUAAUACCGCAUCAUAUGGAUCCAUUCACAAGUUUCGUUUUUUUUGCUUUUCUCUCUCUCUCCCUCUCUCUAUCUAUCUAUCUAUCUAUCUAUCUAUCUAUCUAUCUAUCUAUCUAUCUCUCUUUUUCUAUCUUUCAUUUUCCUUCUUUGUCUUUCUUUCACUAUGUUCUUCAUAUGGCUUUUAUAUUCUUGUUGAAUCUUCUUAUUUCUCUCUGUCACCCCUCCCUACAUCGGGAGAUAAGCAUGCAACCAAGCAAUCUAUCUAUCUAUCUAUCUAUCACAGUUUGUUAUAUUUCAGUCUAUCACUGUCUAGCUACCUAUCACUGUUUGUUCAUCUCUCUCUCUCUCUCUCUCUCUCUCUCUCUCUCUCUCCCUAUCUCUCUAUUUUCUUCGUUUCCCUUUUAAUUUAUUCAUUUUUUCCUCAUUUCUCGCUUAUAUUUAAUAAACUCGCCUCUAACUUGGUACAGGUCACUUGCUCGCCCGAUCGACCAGUUGCCAUAUGA